GCUGGAACUUAGCCUCGACUGUAUGUUAGAUCCAGUGCAACUCGCUUAUCAAAUUUCCAAGAUGGCGGACGAAACAGAUGAGAGAAACAUCGUGGAUUUUCCUCCUGAUAACCUCUUAGAAGUGCUUAUUUCAUCAUUUCCAAAGGAAUGGCGCGGUGUAUUUGUAGCCCUCGAUUCUGAGCACUUACCAGUCCAAGCGGCAAUCUUUUGGCUCCGGAAGAAAUCAUCAAACGAAAUGUUGUCCGAGAUCCCACCUAACUGGGAAAAUUUUAUUGACCAUCUUGUCAGUGAUUUUCCUGUUGUGUUGAAAGAUAAACUCUUCUUCAGACCAAAGAUUCUACUUCUACCUUUAAAUAUACAAAGGAGCACGCUGGGGUUUAUUUCUCAACGCAGUUAUUCCAUACCUUUGGAGACUUUAGACAAGUUAGUUCAGAGGUUGAGGAAAUUUUCCGUGGAGCUGGAAGGUUGGCGAGUAACUCAUGUAAAAAUUCUUGAAUCAAAGGUAAAUGAGCUGAAAAGAUCCAAAAUCAAAGGCGUAGAUGAUGAGAGUGGAACUGAUAACAUAGGGAAGGAUUUGUGUUACACUGAUAUCGUUACUAAGGAAUCAAAAUCCAGGUUUGAUGAACUUGUUAAAAAGAAUGACGUUGCCAAAUCUUCGAGAACUAUCCCUUGGUUUAGCCAUGUAUUAGAUACUGCAAAGAGGAAAGAAGGCAGUAUUAUUUCAGAUGACUCUUCCUACAGAGACUAUAAAGCUGCUGAACAAGAUGAUUUCGACAUGGUUGAUUUGACAAGUGAUGUUGAUUUACAGUCCGAAACACUACUGCAUAGAAUUAAUCCAGGAUCUCCUCACAAUUUUGAUGAUAGUGAUAUUGAAAUUAUUGAAGUCACUGAGAAUUCAAGUAAGCAAAUAAAAACUGCAGAUAGUAUAGAUGUAAAUUUUAGAGAAUUGACAGUACCACUUCCACCGGAACAUUUAAUCAUUGAUGCUGAGGAUGAUCCAGAACACUUGAUCAAAGAAGAAGCUUCUGCAACCAAUUCAAAACUCAGUGAUACUCUACAACUGAAAGUAUCUGCUUUACAAAACUUGCUCACGGGCCAAGAGCUCAAGGAAGGAAAUUUCUCCGAUGAACUUAAUAUAUUUUCCUCUUGUAGCAGCCUUGAAAUGGAACAUGUCUGUAACCAGUUAGAACUGAAAAGUAUAGAAGAAUCCACAGCAAUUUCUUUGUGGACCCAGUUUGCUCUCUUACCAACAGAGCCAAGUUUUGGCAAUGCAGCUAUUUUUGCAACCCACUGUCUUCUACCCAAAGUGCAAGAGUUAAAGCAGACUGCAUCAAGAGCCCUGUUCACUGCAGCGAGCUUGUUUGCCAAGAAACACUCCAGGUCAUUUUGUCACGGUGUUGUCCAAGGACUGAUCCAAGAAUCAAAUUUAAACACUCCUCAAGUAGAUCUUGUCAAUAAAGUAGUCAAGGACUGUUUUAGCAGAGAUACAAGAAUUCACCUACUGGAACUUAUAUUUGCAACCAAGUCAGACAGUCAAGGUUGCCCUUUUUCCUGGUCAGAGGACAUUAUUUCCAUUGUACAAACGGUGGUUGAUUUAAAACCAGACUUCAGCAGCGAUUUGUUUGAAAGCUUUACAGGAGUGUUGGAACAACAAUCACGCCACUUGUCAAAAUCUCUGAAAUUUGCAAAGAUUUUACUAGCUGUUAUUAAGACUUAUGGAGAACACGUUUCCAUGCAUUUUAACACAUUUGUUCGUAUCCUAGAAGGAAAUGAUACUUUUCUAAAAAAAGCAGGCUUAUCUUCCCUUACGAAGGUCUCAAAGAGUUGAACUAUUUUCCUCUAUCUGAUAGCUAAUCUUCUCUAACAUAGAGUAGACUGUAAACAGCCCCUGUCAGUUGAUGCGUGUCCAAUAAUUGCCCAACAGAGUACUGCAAAAAUGUAGAGUAAUUUGCCAUCUACUGUUUCCAAUAGUAACUGGGUGGUUGCCCGUUAAAUUAUUUUUAUUAAUGUUCAAGUUGAAUUUUAUCAACUGACCUGUCACUUUUCAGAGUGUUAGACUGGCUGGUAACAUGGUUGGGAAUAGUGUCAUUUCAACUGAUCAAAUGAAUUUACUACCUGCAUAACUUAGGCACUUAGCUCUUUGUCAACUUGAGAUUUGUAAAGGUAAAUGUACUGCCAUAGAAAUGAAGACAUUUGUGAAGCUGACAUUUUGAGUGAUAACCCUUCUGUUAGCUCUUCGUCGCAUAGCUUUGACAAAAGGAUAAUACUCGAAAUAUCAGGUUCAAAUAUGUGCUACAGUGGUUAAUUCACCUUUGUCAACUUCAAGUUGAUAAUGGACAAGUGUUUCACUUGCCAUGACAUGGCUCAACAGUUCUUUAGAAACCAAUACCUUUGUGUUACUAUAUGCACAGAUUAUAUGCUAAGAAGGAAAUAUGUCAAGAGAAAAUUUAAAUUGUUCACUUAAAAGUCUUUUGUAAAACCUGGAGCAAUAAACUAGGACUUUGCUUUACUCAUUGUAACAAGACAGAUUUAGAACCGAAACAAUAAUUUGAAGAAAAAAAAUACAAAUAUAAUGAUCAAAUACUCAACAAAUAACAACUAAAUAUCUUAAAUAGCAACUUUGCAAUAAACGCUUUCAUUUAGAGA